GUGCGACGUCGGGGUGACCUCGACGCAGCCGCAACGGAAGGUCAAGGUGACGCUCCAGCAGUAAUAUGGGCGUGUCAUCUCCUCCUCUCGUCCUCUUGUCCUUUGUUUACUGUUUCCUGUUUUUGCUGUGCGCUGUGUGGCUUUCUAACUUAGGAUGGACCGAGGAGAAGAAGUUGGAUUACGGGUGCGUGCGCGGUUGGGGUACCCCCUUGGACGGCUUUAAGUUCCCGAACAGCUGUGGUUGUGUGGCUGGCGGGGUCUAAUCGUUGCUGAUGCUGAGGAGAACUGAAAAGAAUAGAGAAGUCUAAGAGAGAAUCCGUAGAUUCUCCUUUGCGUCUCUCAAAAAGAGACAAUACUCCCAGGGAAGAAAUGAUGAGCAAUAUUUCACCAGGACGAUAUUC